UCGUUGACGGAGCUGCUCUUCAUAAGGCUAUCGAUACCGGUUCUAAGAGUCGACCAACUUUCCCAUGCUCAAUAAAAUGGGUUUCACUUCUUCACUUCUUCCACUUGCCCAAUUGAUGCGACCAGGUUUGAACGUCUUAAAACGUUCUUUGAUGUUUUUUGUUUGGACGCUCGUGCUUAUGGGCCCAGUGAGAAAUCUUCUAUCUUGUAAAUGCGAGAUUCAGUCAGUUUAAUAGUAUUAUACCUGGUUAAGGGGUUUGAUUUUUCCAUUUCAAAUUCUGCGUCAUCAAAUCUAUCAUAAAUUCGAAAAUUGUUCUUGAUAAAUAAGACAAAAUGAUACCAGUUGGCUUCAUUUUACAUCUGCUCUUACUGGCCUCUUCGUUCAUUGCUGUAAUAAAAGGAGCUUCAGUAGGGAAGGAAAAUGAGCUUGAUCUUCAGAGCAUCUACGAGCGAUAUGGUCGUAACCCUGAAGACACGUGGCUCUCGGUGUUGGAUGAGAGCUACUCGCAGGGCAGAUAUGCCAGGUGGCAGCAAUUAUCCACUAAUUGUGGCUCGACUGGUGUUGAUGUAGAGCAGCUGCUAAGCGACUGGUUUGAUGAUGGAAUGGCGGUUUUGAUGUCCGAAGACGGAACUACUGAUCCCGUUGAGGUGGCCGUGGCUCCGCCCCUAGUCAAUGAAGCUCAGGAGAAACUGCGAGAAAGCAAUUGCACAGCCUCGGUCGUAGCAGAGGAUCUCGAAAAGUUAUUCUUCUCCACGCUCUCCCCGGUGCGCGUGGCCAACCCAAUCACCGAAACUUUCCUGGAGCUGCAGGAGAUCGAAAAGUUUAUACACGAUCUGGUAGCCAAGUAUCCAGGUCAGGCACAAAUCAAGCAAAUCGGAGAAACUGAAAACGGAACAGCGAUUCACAUGGUCAUCAUCAAACCCAAACCUUCACGGACCGUCCCCUUGAACGGAACAGUCACACCUCCCGUUGUUUUCGUCGAUUCUGGCACGCACGCCCGGGAGUGGCUGUCAGUGUCCACGAGCUUGUACGCUAUCCAGCAACUGCUGGAACAGCCCAGUAGCCCAGCACGGCAGGUCGAGUGGCGUAUUGUUCCAGUCGUUAACCCAGACGGAUACGCUUACUCCUGGAAUACGAAUCGUCUAUGGAGAAAAAACCGAAAGAGCGGAAGUGGCCGAUGCCAAGGAGUUGAUCUCAACCGCAACUUCGACAUAAAUUUCGCAGGUGUUGGCGCAAGCUCGCGGCCCUGCAGCUAUCAGUACUGCGGACCAUCUGCCUUCAGCGAGCCGGAGACGCGUGCCGUGCGGGACGCCAUCUUGGAAGUUGGCAGUAGGCUCAAGGGCUACAUGGCGCUGCACAGCUACUCCCAGGUCAUCCUGCUACCCUGGGCCUACAAGCCUGACGAGCACCCAAACCUUAGCAACAUGACGGCCAUGGGAGAAGGCAUGGUUAAAGAAAUCAGCAAGGCAAGAGGCACGGUCUUUGGGGUUUACGACACCUACAAGAACUUCUACCCAGGGUCUGGGAUCAGCAUGGACUGGGCAUCCUCGAUAGGCAUUCCUUACACCAUGACUCUGGAGCUUCAUGACAAGGGGGAGCACGGCUUCCUGUACCCUGCUAGUAAAAUCAAUGAUGCAGUUACUGAAGUCUGGAAAGGCAUCGAAUACUUCGGUCAAGAAAUCGCGAGACAAUCGCGCGAAGGAUAUUUCCUGCGCAAGUAAUUCAUGGACCAAGUUGUCAUACAAAGCCUAACACGACAUUUAUGUCGGUUCAUACAGGAAAAAGUAUGUGUACGAGAAUAUCAGUAAGCCUCAAAUGAUAAGGUUGCGCAUUAAGAAAGAGGUCAUAUAGUCAUCAAUCUGUAGUCAGAGUUAAUGUGAAAGAAAUUAAUUUGGACAAACAUUUUAAUGACGUGAUGUUGAUUGUGAAAAUUUAAUUCACUAAGAAGAUAAAUACAUUAGAACUAAGAUGAUUCAAGGAUUUUCUACCCAAAUGCAUUUAUCCGAAAGUCUUCAAAGUAUGAUAAUUUAUUAUUAAUGGAUAACCAAUUCAGCGGAUAUUAUUUUUGAAACACUAGAUUCUGUUACAAUGAGUGCUGGUGAUUGAAUCUAUCGGACAAUUUCAUAAUCAAUUCGUUGGGCGCCGAUGCUGCUGUGACAGCAAUGAAUUAAACAUCCUAUAGUUGUACAAUUGUUGGAUUUAUACAAAUUAAGACCCUAGAUGAAUGUGAUUAGUCUGAAUAAUAUGAUAUGCGGAGGCAGUAGUAACGAGGAAGAAAUGGACAAAAAUCUCAGAUUUUUAGCUCACUGGGGCUCAUUGAGCGUAUUUAGUGAACUUGACCAGCAUUGACAUCGGGUACCAAAUGAGCUUAAAUUCCUCACCUACUCUUUGUUAAUUAAGAAGAACCUCAAUAAUAUAUUAUUAAAGGAUUUGAUAUCCUUUAGGGUCAUGCCUGGAGACGUGAACACGAUAGACGUGGAAAAUGAAGGAUAAUGAUUCAAUUAUGUAAGGAAGCCCACAGGAGCCGUUAUGGUAUUUUUUUUCAUUCAAAUUUGUGGUUCAAAGUAUAAGUUGGAAUUGGAAGGCAUGGCUGAACCAAAAAUGUUUGAGAUAGAGUGAAACGAGCAGGUUGGAUCGAUGAGAAAAAAAUUGAUGGUCAGCUAAAACUUUCUUCCAAUUACAAGGCGAUUCUAUUC